UCCAGCGGCAGAGUCCGCAGCCGAAAAGCGCGCGCUUCGGCUGAUGCUUGAGCCGGAGAAGGACGAAGGCGAUGUGCUAAAACGAGUGGGUCUAUCUGUACUGAGCAAUACCAGCUAUUGGCAGCGUAGCCGGGAGGAAGCCUCCGAUGCAGAGCAACAGCUGGCGCAGCUGAAACGCGAAGCUCAGCUGCGGCAAGCGCGCUGCGAGGGGCAGCUCGAAAACCUGGCGCGGGAUGCCAAGGAGGAGCAGGAGAGGCGGCUGAUUUCGGACAAGAUCAGUAAAGAGCUGGCGAGUCUGAGACAGGAGCUGCAGAGAAAAGAUGAACUGGAGGAGGAGCGCUUGCGUCAUUUGUAUCGUGGCAUCUUGGGCCCUGCAAAAGGUGAGGUUAGCCCGCUCUCUACCGCCAUGGUGGAGGAUCUGAGGAGCAAACACACUCCGCUGAUCUUCUCAGAAGCCAAGCUUCUGAGCGACGACGUUUCCGGCGCAUCGCUGCGACCAGGCGACGGCCUCCGUGUUUCUAUGCCGAAGAAGGCUCGACCAGGAGCGCUGGAUGGACCGGUGCCAUUUGUGGCCUCGCGUGGCGAGCGCGGUGAACGUGGCGAGCGCGGAGGUCGAGCCUCGGAAGCCGAGAAGCUGCUCAGAGUGAACUUGGCGCGUCUUGAGCGCUUGGAGCGCUUCGGGCUGUGAACACCGGAUGCUUCUUAUGGG